CAACUACUAAUCUAAGGAAUUCAAUUGUGAUAAUGAUUAAAAUUGGCGACGUGGAAUAUAAAAAAAUCUUUAUUUCUUUCAAUUUCAUUGACAAUAUUCCAACCGAUGUUGAGAUCGAGCUAUAUCCUUUACUGGGGUUCAAAGGAGAGGAUAUUGACAUUACAUUGUCAGAUACUAAUAUUGUAAAGAUAAUGGGAAUUAAUCGAACGAACCUUACGUACUUUGUUUUCGAAAAAGAAAUUAAUUGCAUAAAUAAUAAUGUUAAAGUUGCGGUUAAAGAAAAGAUAUUUGAUGAGAAAAAAGGUGAGCUUUAUGUAAAGCUAUCAAAACAAGAAUUGCCCAGUAUUAAGAAUCCAUCGACAACCAUGUUGCUUGAUGAAGUACGAGACCAGCAAAACACAUCAUCAAGCAGAAAAAUAAAUGACGAAAGUGGUCCAAAGAAGCGGAUAAUGUUCAAGGAGACUAUUCUUGUUGUUGUAGCCAAAUUUUCUUCACUCUUAAAAUGUAUCGGUCUCUCGCUGAGAAACGCGUUACAUUCUAAUUAAUGCACACUCAUGAUCUGAUUGAAAUAAAUAAAUGUUAAUAAUACUGUUCUAAAUGAUUUAUACUCCGUAUAUGUUAUCCCAUAAAUAAAUAAAUGUUAAUAAUAAUUGAUACUCUUUUUAAUGUGCAUCUG